GAACCUUAAGCUCGAUAGUCUUUAGGUCAGCAUUGAUACAGCAACAUAACUUCCGCGUUAAAGAACUCAUAACUACUCUCGCUAGCUUCAUCAAUCAUCAGUAUCAUACAGAUCCUAUUACCCUAGCUACCAAUAUGGCGGAGACAUCGCAGUUCAAACCAGAAAUCGCUCACGAGGAAAAUAUAGGCCAUCCUGCAAACAAUCAUGAAACAGACUGGGUUAAGAAGCAGACGUCUGAUGGCGAUGUUGCUAUGACGCUUAUUACGGACCCGGAUGCGCUUGAUGAGCCUGUUGAUCCGGCAGAAGUAAGGAAGUUACUGCGGAAGAUCGAUUUCAUGAUCCUUCCAUAUCUGGCAGUUUGCUAUGCAUUCUUCUACAUUGACAAGACAACCCUGAGCUACGCGGCAAUCUUUGGGAUUGAGGAAGACCUCAACCUCCAUGGCACACAAUAUAGCUGGCUAUCGAGUAUCUUCUAUUUUGGGUUUCUGGCCUGGGCAUUUCCCACCAACUUCCUUCUGCAACGCUUACCAAUUGGAAAGUAUCUCGGUGCCAAUAUAUUCUUGUGGGGCGUAUUCCUCAUCAUACAGGCAGCAUGUCAUGAUUUCACCACGCUCGCUGUGCUGCGAGCCCUAGGUGGUGCAGCAGAGGCAUGCUCGGACCCAGCUUUCAUGCUCAUCACUGGUAUGUGGUAUACGCGACGUGAACAGCCGGUACGCUUAGGUUUAUGGUACACUGCCAAUGGCUUGGGAAUUGCGCUCGGUGGUCUUCUGGGCUACGGCAUAGGAAACAUCAGAGGUGCCCUUCCUUCGUGGAAGUACGAGUUCAUCGUAAUUGGCUCUCUUUGUGCGGCUUGGGGAAUCGUCAUGUUCAUCCUUUUGCCUGACUCGCCAGUUACUGCGCCGCUUCUCACCAAGCGGCAGCGCCGAAUUGCCAUCGAGAGAGUGAGGGAAAACCAGACGGGUAUCGAAAACAAGCAUAUCAAACCACACCAGAUCUGGGAAGCGUUUACGGACUACAAGCUCUACAUCUUCUUUUUCUUGGGUGUAGCUUGCAACAUUCCCAACGGUGGUAUCUCGAACUUUGGAACUAUUAUCAUCCAGGGUUUUGGAUUCUCGACGCUCGUGACAACAUUGAUGCAGAUCCCUUACGGAGCGAUAAUUGCGUUAUCCAUCCUCCUCUGCGUGUACCUCAACGAUCGUUUCGAGAACAGGCGCUGCGUCUUCAUCUUGAUCUUCCUCCUCCCGAACAUUGCAGGGGCGUUCGGGCUACGCUUCGUCCCACAACAUGUCAAAGUCGGCCGCUUGAUUUGCUACUACUUGACCGGGCCAUACAAUGCUGCCUUCGUGCUGAUUCUCAGUAUGCAAAUCGCAAACACUGCCGGACACACGAAGAAGGUUGUUAGCAACGCAGUCCUCUUCCUAGGUUACUGUACCGGUAACAUAGCAGGACCUUUCUUUUACAAGGAGAGCCAAAAGCCAACCUAUGAUCUGGGAAUCUGGUCAAUGAUCGUCUGCCACCUUGUCGAAGUCGUGCUUAUUUCGGCUCUUGGUCUUCUGCUUCGCUGGGAGAACAAACGCCGUGAUCGAAUCCAGUCCCAGAUGGCUGGUGGUUUAGAAGGCAGAGAUUUGGAUUCCACGGCAUUUCUGGAUUUGACGGAUAGGGAGAAUCUCAACUUUCGGUAUAUUUAUUAGCUUUCUGGGGUAUAUUUCUUUUUUUCUCUGCAGUUAGCUUUACCUGAAAGGCAUAUUGAUUCGUAGCAAGCUGUUGGUCGUGAUAUG